CAACUCUACACUCUAUAGCUCCCUAUCGCCAUUUACUAAGCGCCGCUCUCCUUUUGAUAAUUUGUGGAGUGCAUUUCCUGGUCGAUAAGCCUACAUCAAAGGCCCCAGGAUGAACACCAUCCGGGAAAUCCAGGCGCUGAACAAGCGCGAGCUGGAGGCUGGCAUAACCCCAGAGGGAUCGUGGCAUGCCGACUAUCGCGAUACAGCAUAUAUUUAUAUUGGUGGUCUUCCAUUCGAUCUCUCAGAAGGAGACAUUGUUACAAUCUUCUCGCAAUUCGGCGAGCCCGUACACAUCAAUCUCGUACGAGACAAGGAGACGGGGAAAUCCAAAGGCUUCGCAUUCCUGAAAUAUGAAGACCAGCGCAGUACAGACUUGGCGGUAGACAACCUAGGUGGUGCAACCGUCAUGGGACGAGUACUUAGAGUCGACCACACCCGGUACAAGCGCAAGGAUGACGAGGAGGUUUUCGAUAAUACGAGUGGCCCAGCGCCCGAAGAGGAUGACUUGCCAGAGAGAGGUGCAGAUGAGGAACACAGAAGAAAAAGGAGAAGGAGAUCAGAUGAAAGCGAGAGUGAAGAAGAAGAGAGGCGCCGACCAUUACUGAAGGAGGAAAGAGAGCUUGCAGAACUACUGCGAGAUCAUGACGAAGAUGAUCCGAUGAAAGAGUAUCUGAUACAGGAGAAAAAAGAGGAAGUUGAGGCGGCGCUGGCACAGCUCAAGCGGAAAGACCGAAGUCGCAAAGAGGGUCGAGGCAGCAGACAUCAUCAUAAACAUCAUCGUUCGCAUGGCAGUAGGAGGGACGAGGGCGAAAGAAAUGAUGACGAGGAGCACCGAGCGAGACACGGCAGGCGUCAUCAUCGGCCAAGAUCUAGAGAUGCUAGGGAGAGAGAUAGUCGUCGCCGGUCGAGGUCCCGUGACACCGAUAGAGACCGCUACCCCGGGCGAGCGGGUUCUUCAGAGAGAAGGGAAUAUAGACGUAGGUCAAUUUCUCGCGAAAUUGCCAAAGACAAACAGCGAAACAGAAACCUCUCUGAGGAUGGUGAGCGAGUACGCCGAGCUAAGAGCCCGAUAAGAAAAGACGUCUAUGAAAGGACCAGAGAGCGGCGGCGGUCUAGGCGAGAAACAGAGGGAAGAGAUUAUGGAUCGGGUUCGGAGGACGGGGAUCGUGCUCCUAGAGGAGAAAGACGACAAAGAUAACGGGAAAGGGCAAAUUCAAUGCGCUAGGCGGCGAUGAAUUUAGGCAAAGGUAGUUGAGCGUCACAUAGAUACUCCUGAAAUAUUACCAAGGCUGGAUUUGAGAGCUGCUCUUACAAAUUGAGCUGCUACCUUCUCAUGCCUGGAAUUUAUGCUUUGGUUGUGCAUUCAUCAAUGUGUCCUAAUAACUGUAAUUAGGUAUGCAAAUAAGGUCAGGGCUUAAAGCUUAUCGAACCAAGAUUAAAAACAUCAACGGAUAGGACAAUAUACUAAAAGACAGAAUACUAAAGAAAGUCUUCCUCCCCC